UUUUCAUCCACAGGAAGCCCGGAAGAGAACAACACAGCAGAAUUCUCGUGGGUAGCAUGCACUAUAAUAAAAGGCGCACGUGAAUAGAGCCGAAUAUUUGGCCAAAACAGAAUGAAAACUUGGGCCGUCAUCACAGGUGCUGGAACUGGUAUUGGUGCUGCUUUGGCAAAGGAACUAUCAGGGCAUGGUUUUAAUGUCCUUGCAAUUGGACGUCGAUUGACACCAUUACAAGAAACUCAAAAAAGUUCACCAGACACCAUCCAUCCUCUUGCUGUAGACAUAGCAACCUCAGAUGGCCAAAGGAAGAUACUGGAUUUUAUACCAGAGGGCGACAAUAUCAAAUAUUUGGUACAAAAUGCUGCAGUAGGGGCACCAUCAAGACUUCAGGAUAUACAGCGUGAAGAGUUUGAAUAUGCAUUUUCAGUAAAUGUCACUGCACCUCUCAUGCUAGUCAAGGGAUUUUUCCCAAGAUUGAAUAAUAGCAAAGGAAGAAUAAUUCAUUUGGGAACUGGAGUUGCUAAGAACCCACAGCUAGGAACAAUUACCUAUGGAAUUACCAAAAUGGCCUUUCAAAGGCUUUUUGAGCAACUGGUUGUUGAAUUGAAAGGGUCAAAUGUCCAAAUUGCUGAAAUUCAUCCAGGCGUUGUUGAUACAGAAGGAUUGUGGGAGCACAUUAAAUUGGCCAAAGAACAAAAAUUACCCCAUGUAUCAUAUUUUGAUGAAGUUCAAAAAGAAGGAAGGAUGUCUACUGCAGAAAUAUCUGCCAAAUUUUUAAAAUUUGUUCUUGUAGAUUCAUCAGAUGAAGAAUUCUCAACAGUUUGGAAUAUUCAUGACAACAAACAUUGGCAACAUUGGAAAACAAAUUAGAUCUUGUGGUGUAUGUAAGCUCUGGUUAUGAUUUAUAAAAAAGUUUUUGACAACUA